AAUAUGCGCGGAUGUUGACCACGUCUUUGUGGUCCCACUCUCACUUUCUGCCUUCAGGUCUGCCCUUACUCAAAGGCUACUCGCAACAACGUUCCCGUCACCCUCAAGGUCGAAUAAAAAAGGAGGAGAUUUGGACACUGUCGUGCUUUGUCUGGGUGGUGGUAGAAACUCAAAGCACAAAGCGUUUUUGUGCUGCGUCUAAAUUGUCCUUGGUGUUCUCGUGCAAUACGAAGUGGGUAGACUCCCUCGCUUUCAUCUCUCCGUUCCGGUCGUAGGCUGCCCGCACAGAUCAGCCAUUGCUCCAAUGCCUCAGCCGAGUGGCUUCUUCUGCCAUCUUUCGUACCAUUGUAUCUUACCCACCUCAUUCAUCGCGAUGGCCACGCCAGCGUUGGCAACGUCGCCACCAUCACUGCUGUUGCCAUCGCUGUACCAGACGCCUAUCAACCAGAACACGUCGCCCUCUGCGCCCCUCGCCCUCGCCCUCGCCCUCGCCCCCAAUGGCCACCUUUCCCUCACCACUGACGCCGGCGUGUCUCAUCAGCGCACGCUGCCCGCACCCAGGCCCGUUGGACCUCGCGCAAUCAUCUCUAUACUGGGACAUCGACACACGCUCUACAAGGAGUGGCUGUCAGUCUCUACCUUUCUAGACGUCGUGCAACGGAAGGUGCAGGCGCUGCAUCAGGCGCAGGUCAAAGAUGGAGCAGGAGUGCUCUUGCAGGGAGUCUCCUUUGAUGAUGACCACGUCACAAGUGGGCAGGAAGAGUCCAUGACUGCUCACUUUCAAGUGGCAUCCACCAGUACCAUUGGGCCCAUGCUUCCCCAAGCAUUUGCGAGAGUCGCGCGUGAUCACUUGGGCCGGCCGGCUGAGAGUACUCAGGGAUGGGAAUGGGAUGGCACCGACGGCCAAAUAAUUGGAUCGUCCAAGGGGGAUAUCUUCGCAGGAGUCGAAGGCGGCUUUGCUCAUCUGAAAGAACUCCUCGAGCACGGCCAGACAAAGUCUGACUCGGACAGCGUAGUCCGCUCGAGUCUUCUGCCUCACCCGCCGCCAGUACUUGCUCACUACGUAGUCUGCAUCAUUCCCUCCGCUGCUGCCAGCACUAAGGCGGAGCUGUCCCCUCGCGCCAAGGAAAAGGCUCGGGACAUGGCUGGCCAGCUAAGCGGUGUCCUUACUGCAGUGCUGCCAGACCCGUCCCUCACAGACCAAGAGACCUCUUCCGAGGAGCAAGGUGCAACGGAACUGCAUCAAGCGCUGAGCCAAGACCUCGCAGGAGCCGCUGCGGGGCCGCGAGACAUUGUCAGCCUGUUCGGCCCAGGAAGUGCAUCAACUGAACUUGCUGCCAAAGGCAGUACAUCCCCAAGACCCGCACCUGUACAGGCUUUCGAUUCUAGCGCCGCGACGGCUUUGAAAGGCGUCAAAGUGUACAUGUCCGGCUUCGAAGUGCCGUCGACGUCCAAGGACACUCGCAAGAGGGGCCGGGACGAGGUCACAGACGAGACAUCCGAUAAAAAGCAGAAGAUUGAUUCUACGGAUACAAAGAGAAACGAAGCGCCCGCUGUCCUACCGCGACCAAAUCCACUCGUCUGGCGAGGCGCAAUCACCUGGGAACUUGGUGAUCCGUCAGGCAAGGGCGAGAAGCGGUCCAUCACACUUUGGGUCUCUGCAGUCGAGGCAAUACCCGGAGGGUCACGGAGCCCUCUGCUGACGCCUUGGCCGGCUAUGCUAUCUCUCGUGACCCUGAAGCCUAUCUCGCUACAGGUACUGCAGCAACACGUAUCAGCCAACGCUAUUGCUUCUGUUCUCCUCUCUCCGCUUCAAGCACGGGACCUCACACAGUCGAGUGCCACAGGCGAUCAGCGCCUUCCAGGAAGUGCUGCAGAGCUACCACAGAGCGAGCUGGCCUACCAUAACCUUGCUCGAACUUUACAUUCCAAGCAGUCGGGAGUAUGGUUGCCGUUGAGCAGAAGCAACCCAAGUGGAGGACGCAUGAAUCCGGAUGACAGCAGGAAGACUGCUGGACUGCUGGUCAUUGCAUUCGGCGCCGGCAGUUCAACGCAGCAGCAGCCAGGCGCCGCACGUCCGAUUAUCAAGCUCCUAGGCCUGAUCUUCCCUCAGGGUGUGCCAUGGGAGAAACUACAGUCUUCUGAACAGGUUCAAGCAAGGCAAAGGGAGGCCCUUAUUGCUGCACGUCAGCAGCAGCUACAGCAGCAGCAACGCCAACAACAGAUGGCGGCAGCCGGGACCAGUGGCGCUCAAGCCAACGCUCAAGCGACGGCUCAACGGCCUCCCGAGACCGGGCCGCCUAACGCAGCUGUUCAGGCUCAGCAGAUGCUCGAAGCUGCUACCCGAGCCAAGCUAGCCAGUCAAGCGUCAACGCAAGGCCAAACUUCAGCACAGCAAUCUGUCGGACCUACGCAGCAACAGCAACAACAGUGGCAGGCUGGUCAACAGACACGGCCAUUCAAUCUCAACCUCCCGCAACACAUCAAUAACGCCGCUAACUUUACAGCGGCGGCGCAGUCUUGGAUAGCAGACCAGCAGAAGCAACAGCAGCAACGCGGGCAAAGUCAGCCUCAGUCUCAGCAGCAGCAGCAAGCUAUGCCUGCGUUUGCACCAAAUGGAGCAGGAGUGGCACCCGCGCAACAGCAGCGCGUCGCUGCACAGCCGGACUUCUCUGCAAUAGCAGCCCAGUUGGGAAUUCAAUUGGGAGGCAACACAAACCCAGCGAACCCAGCCGCGGCAGCGAACACGACGGCUGCUCAAUUGUCCCUUCAGCAACAGCAGCAAGCCAGCAAUUUAGCAGCGUACCAGGCCUUCCUGAAGAAUCAGAGCCAGGCUGCACUGCAAGGUACGAAUGGCAAUCCGUCCACUUCCGGCGCCGGAGCUGGUUCCGCUGGUGGAGGACCUGUACCUCCCAAUCUGACGCAAUAUGCCCUUGAGCAGCAACAGCGUACGAGGGCACAGGCAGUGCCGCAACAGCAGCAGCAGGGUGACCAGCAGCAGCAGCAGCAACAACAACAACAGCAGCAGCAGCAGCAGCCGAAUCUGAUUCCCAGCGGGCUGGAGUUCUCCAACUACAACUUUGAGCAGCUGCAGGCUAUGCUGGGCAUGAAGUGAAGAACGCGCGGAAGUCUUUGUCAUCGGACAGCGCAACAGGCACAUGUACACAUCUUCGUCACUCAGAGGAUACUUGUCCAAAUAUCGUUCGAAAUGU